AUGCUUCAGCAUACCUCAGACGGCACCGCCUACGGCAUUCAGGUUAAUCUGAUGUCAGGUCACUUUAAUUGGUGCGACGCAUACGCACUUAGUAUAGAGGAGAAAGAAUUAUUGAGGCUUGAAGCCGGGUUCGUUCAGCAUUGGCUCGGGUCAGUCGAAGAGGUCGGGUUGGAUGAAUUCUACAAGGGCGUCGAGGAAGCGGCACAAAACAUCAAGAAAUGUGGCCCUUCGCUGCUCCAGAAGACCCCGCAGGUCAAAAGGAACCUCGACGCACUACGGGACAAUAGUGAGUUCCUCCAUCUACUGCGCAACGGGUUUUCGAAGCCUAUCCCUUCGAAAAAGACCAGAUUCGAGGAGAUGGUUACUUUUAUUAAGCUGCGCUUUGGCCCUGCUUAUGCCCUGCUUAUCAUUUGCAUUUUCGGUAUCGGUGGCCGAUACGGAAAUGUAGGGGCAAGACUGACAAAUCAUCAACUUGCCCACAUCGUCUACCGCAUAGGCCGGGAUAUACGUCUGGGCCAGUAUUCCUUAUAUUGUCCGGAGCUGAAAACGUAUUGGGACAGAGAGAUCGGUGAUGGUAUUGGGAAAAUUAAGGCAGAUGCUCCACUAUCAGGUGACCCCCAAGAGAUAUCCACCGAGCGUAGCAGCCGAAAUUGGCAUGCUACCGUAAUGAACGAAGUUGCAUACCGACCUAUAGACGUUGGUAGCCUCACAUGGAGUAGUACGAGGAGGCAGUUACUGGUCCUUGUGCAUAUUAUGGGACGCAAUGGCAUUCGCGAAGACCUGCUGCGCCGAGGGCUUCUGCCCCAAUACCGAUGGGGCCGCAACGGCAAUCCGACCAUCGCUCCUCGGACAGACAUGAUGGAGUUUGCGGAACUUUUCGCUAGUGACGACACAUUUACGCAGGAGCUUCACAGAUGUGUCAACGGUAGAUUGGUCAGAGUGCACACGCUUGAGGAUGGAGCUCAACGCUACAAACUUACGGAUGGGUUGGAGAGCUCUCUGCCUCAUCACUUGCCGCAGUUGUGGGUAGAUUUAUUCGCAUUCACUGCAUAUAUCUACCCCCGCGAUGAUGCAUUGGAACGGUCGUUCCGGGCAACUGGUAAGCUCCUGAUGCCGGUGAUGGAUGUACUAUGGGAAUGUCUCCGGGAAGGAGAUCUCCCAGACCUACCAGAGACUGUCCGGGAAAGCUUCAUUGAAGCGUCUUUGGCGGCCUGCCGGCUGACGAAUGCCACUCAUGCGAAGUCCAUUGUGUCGACAGCACGCAGGCUACAGUCUCCAGUUGUAUCCCCGUACCUGGCGGCAAUGCUUUCCUGGCAAGAGAGUGUUUCUUUCCGGUCAGAGGGAAAUCAUAACAAGUCGGAUACCGUUCUGGAUAAAAUCCUCUGCCAGAUUCCCGAGGUCCCGAAGACCGAUCCGGAUCCGGAUAUAAGACUGCAUUGCGCGUAUGGCCGCUUAGUCUUCUCGCGGGUCGAAAAUGCGAUAAUGAGAAAUGACUUUCAUCGCACAUGGGGUUAUGUGGACUGCUGGGAGAGAAGAAGUAGCUAUCCAUCCACUUUGGAGUGGAAAUUGAUCCGACUCUUCAAUACCAUCUUUGGGAGAUUAGCCAAAUACACAGGACAGUUCUCGUAUGCUCGAAGAUGUUUCGAGAACUGCCUCCGUGAUGACGACCCCAGUUACCGUCAUAUUCAAUAUCACCUCGCUGACAUCUACUGCGAGCUGGGAUGUGCUGAGCAGGCAAAAGAUCUGCUCCGAAACGACGUAGAACAGCUUCGGCACAUGCAAGGUCAGAAAUCGAAAGCAUUCAGACGCCUGGCGCUCCCGCUAGCGGAGGCUCACAUCAAUCUGAGGCAACUCAACGCAGCAAGAUACACCUUGGAGGAGGUUCUCCAGGCUCAUGAGAGCAUGCAAAACCAUGAUGUGACCGAUCAACUGGGCCAUGUCCGCACGCUUAUUAGCCUAGCACGGGUGGAUUGGUACGAAAGAAUGUAUUCCAGCGCUGACCAGAAGCUUAAUCGUGCGACGGUGCUCGUUGAGAAUUAUCCUACUUUCAUAAAACGUGGGUUUGACGUUGCAUUCGUUAACCUCUUUCAUUCUGUUGUGAAGAGAGCUCUGGCUGGCGAACUUCUCUCAGAGGUACCACGAGGCUACUUUAUGGCAGGGACCGGAACGUAUUUUUUUGAGGAGAUCUUUUCCAACGCUUGGACGGGUAUUUCUAGACAUAGCACGGAGCUCUCUUCAGUUUCGUUUAGUGCUGAGAAUGCUUAG